GGGAGCUCCCGGAGGGGGGGGGGAGCGACCGGGCUCAUGUGGACGCUGCUCUCCGCCGCGAGCCCGGCUCGAGGAGACCCUUAUCGACUUUUAGUUGAUGUUGAUUAUAUCGUUGGAAGAAAAAAUUGUGGAAUUCUAAUUGAAGAUGAUCAGUCAAUCAGUAGAAAUCAUGCUUUGUUGACUGUGAGACAUUCUGUGACAAACCUGAGUCAAGCUUCUGAAAUCCCUAUCUUGACAAUAAAAGAUAAUUCUAAAUAUGGCACGUUUAUUAAUGAAGAAAAAAUGCAGAAUGGCAUUCCACUGCUUUUAAAGACAGGAGACAGAAUUACCUUUGGAGUUUUUGAAAGCAAAUUUAAAGUGGAAUAUGAACCAUUGGUUGUAUGUCCCUCUUGUCUAGAUGUGUCUGGAAAAACUCUUUUAAAUCAAACUGUUUUACAACUUGGAGGACUUGUUGUAAACAACUGGAGGGAAGAAUGUACUCACCUUGUCAUGAUGUCAGUUAAAGUUACUAUUAAAACAAUAUGUGCACUGAUUUGUGGUUGUCCCAUUGUAAAACCAGAUUAUUUUACUGAAUUUCUUAAAGCCAUUCAGACAAAGAAACAGCCUCCAAAACUUGAAAGUUUUUAUCCUCCCAUUGAUGAACCUGCUAUUAAUAAUGAAAAUCUUGAUCUAUCAGCACGUAAGGAAAGAAAACAAAUAUUCAGUGGGAAAACUUUUAUAUUUUUAAAUGCCAAACAGCAUAAGAAAUUGAGUCCAGCAAUUCUUCUUGGAGGUGGAGAAGCUAAAUUGUCAACAGAGGAAGAUAAAGAAGCAGCUACUUCUUUUCUAACUCCUGGAACAUGUAUUGUUGAUGUAGGAUUAACAAAUUCACAGGUUUUAAUUCCUGAUUCUGUGAAAAAAUGGAUUCAUUCAGUUAUGGAUAUGCUUCAAAGCCAGCAUCUUAGAGCCAUCCCUGAAGCAGAAAUUGGAUUAGCAGUUAUUUUCAUGUCCACAGAGACUUACUGUAAUCCUGGUACAGGAUUGACUCCAACUCCAAGACCAAGUCUUUCUCAGAACAAAAUGGUAAAUGAAACCUUGAUUCCAGGUGCCACAAUAUAUAUACCUGACACAGAAUUAGAAAAUGCAGAUACUUGCAUGGAUUUAACUGAAAGUCCAAAAGAGAAUGAAACUCCCCAAAUGGAACAAAGAUCCAAAGUGUCUUCACAAGAAAUAUUCACUAUAAAAGAAACUCCUAACAUGAAUUGCAGUGUUAAUUUGGGGACAAAUCCACUUAAUCAUACUAUAGUAAAAACUUCAAAGAAUCAACUUUCCCCAACUCAGAUUUCGUGUACAAGGAAAGAACAAGCUUCUCAACAACAACAACAACAAACUAACUCCAUUAAAAACUAUUUCCAAUCAGUUACAAAGAAAAGGGAAAGGAAAGAAGAAGAGCAAGAGGAAUCUAUUUCCAAAUCUGCAAGGAUAGAGCUAUCUUGUUCUCUUUUAGACCAAACAGAACCUACUACUUCCUCAGUGUGGAGAAACCAAGAACAGCACCAAUCUCAGAAAGGACCAUGUACUUUGGACAGAAAAACAGAUGAAGCAUAUAGAAAUGUUCAUCUAAAACCUAAUGUAAACAGUCUUGUUGAUGAACUUAAGCCCAAUCUGAGAAAGAGAAAAGAAAUGGAUGAUUUAAUUGUGGAAAAAAAGAUUUUAGAACAUUCAUGUCAAGGGACUGAACAAGAACAAGAGAUUGAAAUUGAAGUUCAAGAGCCAAUGACUGGAUUCAGUUUAGCAAAAAAAUUGAGAAUGGAUAUUAAAAAAAAUAGUUCUGAUAAUAAUGAAUCAAUUCAAAACAGUUGCAAAGUAGCUGAAUUAUUACUGAAGCCAGCUUCUUCAAAGAGAAGGCAGAAUCUCAGGGUUAAAAUGGAUCUCAGUAACCAUCUAAUCCAUCUUGGACCUGAAAGACAGUAUUUCUUCUAUUCUGCCAAAUUGACUCAUGAUAGUAGAACCACAGGAGUUAACUUAAAGUGGAUGAAUCAGAAUGACUAAUCAGCUAAAAAUAAUUAUUUUGGAGUCUUGAACUACUGCUUGUAAAAUGCUGCAAAGGGUAUCCUUGUAAAAAAAAAAGCAGCACAUUAUUUUAACAUGUAGCACUUUUGAUAACGGAAAUUUUGAUUUCUACAGUUUUAUAGAAGAAGGGUAAUGGGAACCAGUUAUUUUAAUUAAAUUGUUUUUUGUAUGGUCCCAGAACAAAGAAUGGAAGUCAGUGAUUUAAAAUUGAUAAGAGGAAGAUUUUAUCUCUACGUUAGUAGAAUAUUCCUUAAUAAAACUUCAGAGAGGCAGCUAGGUGGCACAGUGGAUAGAGUAUUGGUCCUGGAGUGAGGAGCACCAGAAUUCAAUUCCAGCUCAGGCAAUUACAAACUAUGUGACCCUGGGCAAGUCGUCUAAUCCAAUUUCCCAUUCCUCUCUCUCUCCAAUAAAUAGAGCUUUAUAGAAAUAGAGUGUGGACUGCCUUGGAAUACAGUUGACUCUUUGUGGAGACUUUUAAAUGAAGUCUAUAUAACCAAUACCUAAGAAUACCUAAUGAGGUAUUCUGUCAAUGACUAGUUGCACCAGAAGAUUCUAAGAGCUUUCCCUGCUCUGAGAUUCUGUGACUUUUGUCUUCUCUUUGAAACUUUGGUAAUAAUUCCCCGUAAGUGAACAAAACAAAACUAUGUUUCUGUGUACUUGAGAUAUGAAAGGGUACAAUGGAUUAAGUACUGCCCUUUUAGUCAAAGAGAUCUGAGUUUUGUAACCUUUGUUAAGUCAUUUAACCUUCAAGUGCCCUGGGAAAUGCUGAAAAUUACAGAAGCUGCUGAUCUUCUUUACUGAGGUUUUUCCAGUUGGAGUUACCUAUGCAUAGGAUGUGAGAAUCUUCUGUAUCCCACCAAUGAAAAAAGAAACAAAUUCUGUUUGCCUUGCAUUACAAGGGAUUAAGAAUGUCAGGUCCAUUUUUGAAUUUGAUAUUUUCUAAGGGUGAAACUGGUUAAUCAGUUGUCAUCAAUGUCUUGGGAGUGGGCCAUAAUAUGGAAAAUACUAUGUUAUCAGAACUAGGCCUUUUAUAACAGGUUUGAAUUUGUUUCUUUAUUCAUUCUAUGUUCUUAUUCUGCUUUCUCUUAACUUUUUUUUUAACUUCUCUCUUACCUUCCUCACCUGUGAUACUUUAUUUCCCUUCCUUUUGCUUUUCAGAACUAGGCCUUUUGGAAUAGGUUUAAAUUUUUCUUCUAUUCUUUCUAUGUUCACA